AUGGCAGCUCUCCCACAUGGCAGCUCUCCCAUAUUGCAGCUCUCCCAUGGCAGCUCUACCAUGGCAGCUCUCCCAUAUUGCAGCUCUCCCAUGGCAGCUCUACCAUGGCAGCUCUCCCAUAUUGCAGCUCUCCCAUGGCAGCUCUCCCAUGGCAGCUCUCCCAUGGCAGCUCUCCCAUAUGGCAGCUCUCCAUGGCAGCUCUCCCAUGGCAGCUCUCCCAUGGCUGCUCUCCCAUAUGGCAGCUCUCCAUGGCUGCUCUCCCAUGGCAGCUCUCCAUGGCAGCUCUCCCAUGGCAGCUCUCCCAUAUGGCUGCUCUCCCAUGGCAGCUCUCCCAUGGCAGCUCUACCAUGGCAGCUCUCCCAUAUUGCAGCUCUCCCAUGGCAGCUCUACCAUGGCAGCUCUCCCAUAUUGCAGCUCUCCCAUGGCAGCUCUCCCAUGGCAGCUCUCCCAUGGCAGCUCUACCAUGGCAGCUCUCCCAUAUUGCAGCUCUCCCAUGGCAGCUCUCCCAUGGCAGCUCUCCCAUGGCAGCUCUUCCAUGGCAGCUCUCCCAUGGCAGCUCUACCAUGGCAGCUCUCCCAUAUUGCAGCUCUCCCAUGGCAGCUCUACCAUGGCUGCUCUCCCGUGGCAGCUCUCCCAUGGCAGCUCUCCCAUGGCAGCUCUCCCAUGGCAGCUCUCCCAUGGCAGCCCCACCAUGGCAGCUCUCCCAUAUUGCAGCUCUCCCAUGGCAGCUCUCCCAUGGCAGCCUCCCAUGGCAGCUCUUCCAUGGCAGCUCUCCCAUGGCAGCCUCCCAUGGCAGCUCUCCCAUGGCAGCUCUCCCAUGGCAGCUCUCCCAUGGCAGCUCUACCAUGGCAGCUCUCCCAUGGCAGCUCUCCCAUGGCAGCUCUCCCAUGGCAGCUCUACCAUGGCAGCUCUCCCAUAUUGCAGCUCUCCCAUGGCAGCUCUCCCAUGGCAGCCUCCCAUGGCAGCUCUCCCAUGGCAGCUCUCCCAUGGCAGCUCUCCCAUGGCAGCUCUCCCAUGGCAGCCAUAUGGCAGCUCUACCAUGGCAGCUCUCCCAUAUGGCAGCCUCCCAUGGCAGCUGGCAGCUCUCCCAUGGCAGCUCUACCAUGGCAGCUCUACCAUAUUGCAGCUCUCCCAUAUGGCAGCUCUCCCAUGGCAGCUCUCCCAUAUGGCUGCUCUCCCAUAUGGCAGCUCUACCAUGGCUGCUCUCCCAUAUUGCAGCUCUACCAUUACCUGCUGAUUACACCUCACCUCUCCUGUCUGACAGUCCCUGGUGGUGGAGGACUGGAUGGAGUGUAG